GACGUUGAGUGAAAAGUUGUUGCCAAAAACUUUGUUCGAGUUUAUUAUGAAGAAGACGUUUUACGGACAAUUUAUAGCUGGUGCUAACAGUGAAGAAGUUAUUAUGCUUGCUCGACGUUUGGCACCCAGUGGCAUUCGAUUUAUGCCUUCUCCAUCAGUUGAGGAUGAGCUGGAAGAGAGUGAUAGUGGUGGCAACAAACAGAACAGUAGCUUUGAAAAAUUGCUUGAUUUCAAUGCAGAGCAGGUGAUGCACUCUAUUGAUCUAGCAGAAAAACUUAGACUUGAAUGUGAAGACUACCAGGAAACUGCAAAAUUGGCAUUCAAACUGACAGCCAUUUUUAAACCAACACUUCUAAAGCUGCUCUCUUCAGAGUUAAUGUCGGGUGGAAGUUUUCCUGCUUCGUCACCAUCGACACUGCAUGAGCAUAUGCAGGAAACAGCAAACAAAGGAGGCUGUCUUGAGGAAUACAAUAACGGGAUAAAGAGAUUCACUUAUCUGACAGAGAGGCUGCAUUCAGGAAAUCUGUCAGCGUUCAUUGAUGCAGAGUAUUCCUAUAUGCAACCGGCCAUCAGGAGCUUGGUAUUGUACAUGCAGUCACUGCACAACAGGCAGCGUCCCGUUAUCUUGAACACCCAGCAGACAUACUUGAAGUCUGCCGAGGAAGACAACAAAGUCAAUUUGGCUAUCGCUGACAAAUGUGGAUUUGUGUAUGGUGCUAAGAUUGUACGGGGUGCGUACAUGGAUAAAGAACGUACGCUGGCUAAAAAGCAUGGCUACCAUGACCCUAUCUAUUCAACGUACGAGGACACGAGCAGUUGUUACGAUAGAACGUUUGAUGUGCUCUUAAAACGUGCAGCAGCCGAUGGCGUAAUAGUCAUGGCUGCCACGCACAAUGAGGACUCAGUGAAAUUUGGAGUGAAAAGAAUGCGUGAACUGGGUAUCAGAAGGCAAAGUGGUCAAGCUCUCUUUUCUCAGCAGCAAGGAAUGUGUGAUCACGUGACGUUUGCACUCGGUCAAAAUGGUUAUCUUGUGUACAAGUACAGUCCGUAUGGAGACCUAGGUGGUACGAUGCGGUAUCUCAAUCGACGAGCUCAGGAGAACAGAACGGCACUCAAGGGAUUGCGGAGAGAAAAGCAACUUCUCUACAAGGAAUGGAAACGAAGGCGAACGCAGACAAGGAGCUAGCUAGCAUCACGACUUCACUAACUUUCAAAUUUAAUGAAAUCUUUCUUAUUCUUACACAUUCUUUGAAAUAGAUUUUAUUAGCU